CCUUUCUGACAUUUUUCUCUUUUUCUUCAUUCGCUGCCUCCGCUCGCUGCAGAAAGCUCCUUUGUUAUCCAUUAUGUUCUGAUUCUAGCCAUUUUAUUGAGAGCUGCAUCGACUCUUCAUCCUUGCAGUUAGGAUAGUCUUUAUUGAUCUUCUCGUUCAGUCUUGUUUUCCGUUGAUUGAUUGUUAGGUUUGAUCCAAGGAACUUCUGAGCCUCAAGGAAAAGUCGCUUGUUGCAGCUGUGGUCUUUUGACCGACGAAGUCGAAGAUCUAUUCCUUCAAUUUCUGCUAAUUUUGGCGGCAUCCCUGGAUUCUCUCCGGUUAUUUAACACUGCAGUAGUUCCAUUGACGAUUCGUGUCUGUAAGGGGUUCGGAUCGUUCUCUUUCUGAGUGAUUGUAAUUUUGUUUUUCCUGUCUCAUUCGUACUGUCGAAGGAUUUAGAGCAGGUGAGAUUCUGAAAGAGAUCGGAAAAAUAUCCAGAUCUAAAGCUUAGAAUGGCCUUUCUCGGCACGCAGCAGAAGUGUAAGGCUUGUGAUAAGACUGUUUACGUGGUCGAUCAGUUAUCUGCCGAUGGAGUUUCUUACCACAAGUCCUGCUUCAAGUGCAAUCACUGCAAAGGGACUCUGAAGCUGAGCAGUUAUUCGUCAAUGGAAGGUGUUCUGUACUGCAAGCCACAUUUUGAGCAGCUUUUCAAGGAGACCGGAAAUUUCAGCAAGAACUUUCAAUCUCCUGCAAGGUCGGCUGAGAAGUUAACACCAGAACUGACAAGGUCACCUAGCAAAGCUGCGAGCAUGUUUUCUGGAACACAAGAAAAAUGUGCAACUUGUGGUAAAACAGCUUACCCACUAGAGAAGGUAACUGUGGAAGGACAGUCAUACCACAAAUCCUGUUUCAAGUGCUCCCAUGGGGGCUGCUCGAUUUCUCCAUCAAACUAUGCUGCUCUAGAAGGCAUCCUUUACUGUAAACACCAUUUCUCCCAGCUUUUUAAAGAGAAAGGAAGCUACAACCAUCUCAUCAAAUGUGCAUCAAUGAAGCGCCCGGCAACCCCUGUUCCAGAUGCUUGAUUAUGAAAUCUUAAUUUCUCUAGCUGACGAGAGUGGUUUAUCAUUCAAUACAGGGUGUAAUCCUUGUCUUCAAUUUCAACAUUACCCCAUAGGGUGUGCUUUCCUCUGAUUUCCCCUUUCUGAGUUUGUGUUGGGGGAAAUCGCUGAUUUCUCCGCUUUGUUGUGGCUCACAUGUUUUGAGUGGUUUGUUUCUGUUGUUUAUGAGAUGUGAGAUUACUUUCUUGUGACAUUUGUGGUGCCUCUAUGCAAUUGUGAUUAUCAGUGUGAUUUUUCA